UCUGGUACGGGAGGACACUCGGUGCUGCGGCAGGUAGAAGAUACAUUUUUUCUGCAGCUUAUGUGGACAGCUCAAAAUGGGAAAAGAGACACAAAGAGGAGCAUAGCCUGGCUGACUUAGCCCACUUAAUGGACAGAACCUAUGAAAGAAAGCUGCCUGUUAGCUCUUUGACAAUAGCCCGGUUUGUUGAUAACAUUUCUUCACGAGAAGAAGUGGAUCAAGCAGAAUACUACCUUUACAAAUUUCGCCAUAGUCCAAAUAGCUGGUACUUGAGAGACUGGACCAUCCACAGUUGGAUCAGGCAGUGCUUAAAAUACGGUGCACAAGACAAAGCCUUAUACACAUUAAAAAACAAGGUUCAGUAUGGAAUUUUCCCAGAUAAUUUUACGUUCAAUGUUUUGUUGGAUUGUUUUAUAAAGCAGAAGAAAUACGAAGAUGCUAUGGCAGUAGUAACAGAAAUUAUGCUGCGAGAAAGUUUUGAUGAGUUAUCAACACAGAUUGUUUCUCUCUAUGUUUUGUACCAGUACCUGGCAACGAAGUCUGAAUAUACGUGGGAAGAGGAGAGAAAUCUUGGAGCAUCGCUAGUGCUUACAGGUCUAAAGCAAGCAAGCACUGUGGGUUUUAGCUCCCAGCUGUAUGGCUAUGCACUCCUUGGGAAAGUGGAGUUGAAUCAGGGGCUAAGAGCUGUAUACAAUCUAAUGCCACUGAUGUGGACACCUGGAUACUUGAAUAGAGCCUUGCAUGUGAUGGAAAACGUGGCUUCAUCGUCAGGGGACAGCAAAAUCUGCAAAGAAGCAAUUGAUGCUCUGGAGACCAUUUUGCAGUCUGCCUUUGAAGCAAAACCCAGUCCAGAAUCAGCUGAAAUCAAGGAAUUAGAGCAGAAGGCACCGUGGGCAGAAUCAGAAGAAACAGAGCAAUCUAAAGUACCUGAAUACUGUAGCAGAUUCAAGGAGCUGUGCUCUAAGCUUCAUUCACUUGGCAAGGUUGAAUCUGAAAGCCUGUUAACUCUGACCACCCAGCUUGUCAAGGAAAAGCUGCCGGCAUGUGAAGUGGAAGACAUUGCAAAACAUGAACAGAAGCUAAAGGAGUGGGAGCAACAAUACGUGAUUCUCACUGAGAGGGAAAGAGAGAUGAGAGAAAAGGCUAAACAGGAAAUGGAAGCUAGGAAGCUAGCUAAAGCGUCUGCUUAGUACUGGAACUCAAAGACUUUCUUAGUGGUAUGCAUUCCUGUCAAUGAACUGCUGUGCUUGCCAUUAUUAAUCCUGCUGCAAGUGUGACUGUAUGUGCUCCUAUACGGAAAUUAAACUUUUGUCAUUUUGCCUGUUUCCUAAAGUAAAG